AGUCAAAUUCAAGAAAGAUCUCUAGUGAUUUAGUUCGAAAAUGUUACUCAAAUUAGGAGGAACUAUCUUUGUGUUCUGCUUAGUUGCAGUAAACUGUCAAGAAAAUGAUACAUUUCCCGGAUCAACCACAAUUCCACUCUUCAGUGAAAAUAAUUAUUAUUAUGGAGAGAUUGCACUAGGAACUCCACCUCAAACAGUUAAAGUUCUCUUUGAUACAACAUCUCGUUUCUUGUCCGUUGCAUCAUCAAAAUGUUUACUUUGUGCUUUUCAAAACCGAUACGAUUCGUCAAAGUCGUUCACUUACACUGACAUUGGAUACGAUUAUGACUUUCGAACAUCAUCCUUUCUUCGUUUGGAAGGAUUCAAUUCCAGGGACACUCUAACACUUGGAAACUUCAAAGUACCAGAUAUGGUUUUCGGUGAAACGAUGGGAUAUAGCAGACUCCUAGUCGGGAUUCCAUUUGAUGGAAUUUUCGGACUAAAUUACGAAAUAACAAACAAAUUCGGUCCACCAUCACCGUUCUUAGUGAUGCGAGAACAAAAUAUGCUCACCGAACCCGUUUUCACCCUUGACUUCACUCGAGGUCCAAAUUUACUGGAUGGACCUGGUGAAAUCACCUUCGGCAAAAUAAAUCCCGAUCGUUACAAGGGCGAUAUAACCUACGUACCCGUAAUUGAUCAUGAUCUGUGGAGAAUUCAAAUGGAUAGCAUAGGAGUUGCAGAAGCGAAAUUUUGCAGUAGAGGUUGCCAAACAACCGUAGAUACAUCAACAGCCUUCAUAAAAGGCCCUAGAUCCGACAUUCGAUACAUUAAUGAUCAGAUUGGAGCUACUUAUAAUAUCCUAACUGGCAGAUACGAUAUUUUGUGUUCAAAUGUCGAUAAACUGCCUACGAUUAGCAUCACUCUUGGGGGUAGGACUUUCCAGCUUAAAGGUGAAGAUUACAUCGUCUACAACAACGUUCCCUUAGGAUUACCCUUCUGUUCAUCUGGCUUCAUGAACCUACCGGGUAAUGUUCCAGAUACAUGGCACCUUGGGACUAACUUCCUUCGAAAUUUCUACACUAUAUUCGCAUGGCCUGAAAAACAGGAAGCUAAACGUAUAGGAUUUGCAAAUAAAUAUCAGAAAGUUUGAAAAAGAGCAUCUGCCGCUCUCCUUACGAUUUGUAAAAAUUUUGGUUCAAAACAUAUCUAUAUUUAAACGUUUGAAGACUAAUUUGUAUUCAGUAAUAAAGGUAUUUAAUUUUAUUAUAAAGCAA